GAAGGUUUGCCACUUGAGCAAAACCAAUGUCAAAGAUAGUGAUUUAGAAGAGAUAAGACAUUUGGUAGGAGAAAAAGAGAUAAGGGAUUCUGGAUUUAUUGAGAGUAUCACUAAUCAACCUUUAUUAAAGAGUACGCUUGAUUUGGCUACUUCUGAAUCUAAAGCACAACCGUUACCACUUAAUAGCUAUAAAAUUGUACCAAAAUCCAAAAGACAAAGAAAAGAAAGAGAGAAGCAUCAAGAGGUUGACGAAAUAGGCCCUAGAUAUCAAAAUAGUCAAGCAUGUGGAACAAUUCCGAGGAAUUAAAAUCAACUUAAAAGUGCUGGGAUUACUUCUAACAUAUAUGACUCAUUAAUAAAAAUAAAAAUAAUAAAAGACGCUUGAUUGAAUCAUCUAAACCAAAAAGUGAUGAGGAAAAAUUAAAUCAAGUUAAAAAGAGAAUAAACAGAGAAGAGGAAGAAAAAUACCCUAUCAAUAAGAUUUGGAACAAAGACAAAAAUAAUUUGGCCUCCAAUUCAGAGAAUCAAUCCUCUCCUGUAUCUAUUUACACUUCAUCAAGUUUGAAAUCUGGAGCUGAUGCUUCAAAAUUUAUAAUAAAUAUCAAAGUAAAUCUCAAUAAUAUAUUUAACGAUGCUUCAAUGGAGUUAUCAUCAUACCGAAAUAAACUGAGAAUACUAGGGGAUAAAGAACAGAAAAUCCAUAGUUCUAGAAGUAACUCUGCUAGCAGAGUACACUGAAGAAUCCAAGGAAGAGGUUAUAGAAGAAUCUAAACCUGAUAUACACAUGGAAGUCAACAGCCAACCCUCUGAUGAUGAGAUUAAUUAUUCGCUCUAAGGAUCAUCAGUAUCUUUCAACUUGUUCUCAGAGAAAGACCAAGCUUUCUUCAGUGGCUACAGUCACAAACUUCCCAAUUUGCUGUUUGUUGAGCUCCAAGUCGGGAAUAAAACUCCUGAAGGUUUCUUUGAGUUUAUUAAUGGGUACUUCCCAGAUGAAGUUCAAAACCGUAAAUGGUCCAGCAUAGUAUCUCCUAAGUUAUUGUCAAUUACUUCAUCCAUAGAUGCAAUACUUAAAGUAAGUGCCAAUGUCAAAGGAGCUUUGGAAAUAAGCAACUUCAGCAUGGAUCAAGCUCAACUUAAUAGACUCAAAGAUCAGUGUAAAGCAGAAAAUAAGCCAAUAUUUACAUCAUGCAUGUCUUCAAUUAGAGACACUCAAAACCUAUUCAAAAAUUCUGAAAGAAUUAAAAGAUAGACUUAUCAUUUAACGACAACCACUAUGUUGAUGUAUCUAUUGAACCAGCUGAAGACUCUCCUAUACUCCCAUUCAACGACAUUCUUGAAGCUUGCAAAGAUCCAUAAAAUUCUUAAAAUCAUUUCU